CAACAGUGUGGUGGUGUGGUCGGUCUGUUGUCGCCGAGUAUUCGUUUUUUGAUUUUUCCAUUAAAUCUUCCACAAACCGGAACUUGCUGAAAAUUAAACAAGUCUGUGGUACUUUGUGGAGCAAUGCAAACGCAAUAAAUCGGUGUGUGCGUAAAUAAUGAACAAAUAAUAAAAUUGUGAUUUUUGUGCGACAACCAACACUAAGCCAGCAAUAACAAUAGCAGCAGCAGCAACGGCAACAACAACACAGGAAUAACCGCACUGCUGUCUGACAGUUGGUGUUGUGUGCUUGUGUGUGUGCGUGUGUGUGCGUGCUUGCCUGCAUAAGUGUGUUCGUGGUGUUGCUGUUUUAAUUUUUAUACACUUUUGUGUGAAGUAGCAGCAGCAGCAGCAGCAGCAACAGUAGGAGCAGCACAGAAUAACACAAAAUAGCAAAAUGGCGCACCAACAGCAACAACAACCGCUUGCUCCAUCGGUGAAUUGUUCAUUAGACGAUAUCGAUUUGACUGCUCUGAAGGAUCCAGCUGGCAUCUUUGAGCUCAUCGAAGUCGUUGGCAAUGGCACCUACGGUCAAGUCUAUAAGGGGCGUCAUACAAAAACUGGUCAGUUGGCUGCCAUAAAGGUGAUGGAUGUCACCGAAGAUGAGGAGGAGGAGAUCAAGCUCGAAAUCAAUGUGCUUAAGAAAUUCUCAAAUCAUCGAAAUAUCGCCACAUAUUAUGGUGCUUUCAUUAAGAAAUCGCCACCGGGCAAAGAUGAUCAACUCUGGCUGGUGAUGGAGUAUUGUGGUGCCGGUUCUGUAACCGACUUGGUCAAAUCCACCAAGGGACAAAGUCUCAAAGAGGAAUGGAUAGCCUAUAUAUGUCGCGAAAUAUUGCGAGGUCUUAGCUAUUUGCAUUCCAAUAAAGUCAUUCAUCGUGACAUCAAGGGACAGAAUGUGCUGCUCACCGAUAAUGCAGAAGUCAAACUGGUAGAUUUUGGUGUAUCAGCGCAACUGGAUCGUACGAUAGGCAGACGCAACACAUUCAUUGGCACUCCAUACUGGAUGGCGCCUGAGGUUAUUGCCUGCGACGAGAAUCCCGAUGCCACAUACGACAAUCGUUCGGACUUGUGGUCGCUGGGCAUCACAGCGCUGGAAAUGGCUGAGUCACAGCCGCCACUAUGCGACUUGCAUCCGAUGCGCGCGCUCUUCUUGAUACCGCGAAACUCGCCACCGCGCCUCAAAUCAAAGAAAUGGUCGAAGAAGUUCCAAGGUUUCAUUGACACGGUGCUAGUGAAAGACUAUCAUCUGCGGCCUUACACCGAGAAUCUGCUGAAGCAUGCCUUCAUUAAGGAUCAGCCAACGGAUCGCCAGUCACGCAUACAGCUCAAGGAUCACAUCGAUCGCUGCAAGAAGCGCAAGCAGGAGAAGGACGACUAUCGCUAUUCCGGCUCGGACAAUGAUGAUGAUGAGCCGCAGCUUGCCGGUGAGCCGAGCUCCAUUGUGCAGGCACCUGGUGGUGACACGUUGCGUCGCAACUUUCAACAAAUCCAGGAAGGCCGCCUUGCAGCCGAACAGCAGCAGCAGCAACAUCACCAGCUCAUGGUCCAGGCUCAAGCUCAAGCAGCGGCCGCUCAUGCCGCAGCCCAAGCGCAACUGCAUCAGCAGCAGGCGGCGCUUGCAGCUCAGCAGGCGCAACAAGCGCAGCAGCAGCAGCAGCAACAGCAGCAGGCGCAGGCACAACAACCGCAGGCUAAUCGGCAGCAGAAGCCGCCAUCGCGUCAACAAAUUGACGAACCCGGUCCACCGGCGCGCCCACAAGUGCCGCAACGUUUAAUUGUGGUGCCGGAUCCACAGCAUGCCAAUCGGCCAUUGCCACCGACUCCGAAAUGCGGCGAGCCCGCUGCUCAAACGCCCGCUCAGCAGCAGCGAAAUUCGCAGAAUAACUUCAAGCCAUCGUUACCACCAAGGAGACCUGAGGAUCAUUUGGAUGUGUUAGCAGCACAAUUAAAUGAAUUGGCCGUCAUCUCUCUACAGCCGCAGCCACAGACUGCUACGGGCGGAGGACAGCAGCAGGCACAGCCGGAGGCGCCGCCCCGUAAUAAUCGACAAUCUGGACCACCAACUGGCAAUGCUGGCAUUUCAGUAUCGGCUUCAUCAUCGAAACCGGCCGCUGCAUUGCCACAGUCGAAUAAUCAUUUGGUACAGCCGAUUAAUCCCUUGGAUCCCUUGGAUAGCAGCGAUUCGGAUAGCGAACCGGAUGAGCCCAACGAUCGGGCACGCAAUGAUGGCACACUGCUAGCCAGUGAUCCGCCGAAACCGCUGCCCAACGUUGGACCCAUUUCGGAGGACACAACGACCACACCGUUGACCCAUGGCAGUGGUGGGCCACCAAAUCGCCCGUUGCCACCGACGCCCGAUGAUGAUGAUCAGGCUGGAGAUCGCACAUUGAUAAUGAAGCGGAAACUAGAACAGAACUUAAAUCGCUUACAAAAAUCCGCCUCCACAUCGCAUGCGAACCAACCGAUAUUGGCGUCCAAACGUUCAGAUGAAGCCAAACUCUUGCAGGACUGGAAUAUUGAUAGGUUCUUUCCCAAGAACAACAACAAUAACAACAGCAACAGCAACAACGGCACUCGCAACCGCGAUCUCAGCACCACGGCCAGUCUUAGUCGCACCUCCCAGCAGAGCACUUUAAAAUUGGACACGAAACUGCAACGGGCGAGCAUGGCCGAAGGUAUUGGACGGGCGGUGCCAAGUGGCUAUCAGCCCCUAAAAAACCCCACAGCCAUCACUGCCGCAGAGCGCUCUUCCACGCCACUAAGCACCAGCUCUUCCGAUACGUCCACAGCGUCCUCGACGCUUAGUGGCGCCCAAAAAGGGGGGGCAGCAGUCGCCGCAAUGCCAAAGCACAAUCGCCAAGAGUCCGACUCGAAGCUGCCCUCGAAUUUUGUGCGCGGCUAUCGACGUGAGAACUCGGACUUCCUACUGAACACCAAGCGCUAUUCGGCGGUGAUAAGCAAUGCCAGUGCUCAGCUACAGUCGCCAGUGACCAGUCAGGCGCAAAGAUCAAGCGCCGUUUUCCAAAGGAACAGCAUUUACAGCAACAACAACAAUAACAAUAACAGCAAACAGACACAGCCAAAGGAGGUAGCGGCUUCAUCCUCGGCCGCCACCAAGUUCAAAAAGUCCAGCAGCACAACUGCCGCACCAACAACAACAACAACAACAGCUAAGUCACCUGCCGCCAAGAACAGUUGGGCCAAUUUAGAUUUCUUCCAUCUACGUCGCGAAAAGACUGAGUCGGUCAUAAUGGGGCGUAGUGCCGCGGCACGUGCUCGGCAGCUACAACUGCAACAGCAACAACUGCAACAACAACAGCAACAGCAGCAGAAUCGCGGGGGAGGCGGCGGCGGCGGCGAUAGCAGCGGCCUUGGAACUCCGGGUACCCGUACCAGUAGCGUGCUGCCGGAUUUACUCACUCAGGCAUCGCCGGCAACGCCACCACGCCAUGAUAAAUCAUCCAGUGAGGAGUAUCAAGCGGCCAUUAGUUCAUCCGUGCAUUCCACGCCAUCGAAAUCGUUUAUCGCUAGCAGCGGCAGUGGCGGCCUCGGUCUUGGGGGCGGUAGUGUCGUCGGUGGCGUAAUUAUUAGCAGUAAUAAUUCCCCACAGUCGACCAUCUCGCUAGCCUCAUCGACAUCGAAUUCGCGUCAGAAUUCACCAAAGAAUUCGAUUAGUAAAACGCGUUCUACCAGCAGUAUUACUAAUUUAUUGCCUAAAUCUGCUUCUUCCUCUUCUGCGAACAUUCUCCAUCUGACGACCUGUUCGUCCAUGUCGAACGCUUCGAUACAUGGUUCGUCAUCGGCUGCCGGCGGAAAUGUCAAUUUACCACCACAUGCCCAUGCCCUACAACAGAAGCAACGCAGUUUCCUUACAUUCGGUUUCGGAGCCGGCGGCUCAGGGCCGACACGUCGUGAAGCACAUGUCAAUGUAAAUGUAACACCCACAUCUCAUGAGGCGGCUAACGAUACGCCCGAAAUACGUAAGUAUAAGAAGCGUUUCAAUUCGGAGAUCUUGUGUGCGGCAUUGUGGGGCGUCAACCUGCUAAUUGGCACAGAGAAUGGACUCAUGCUACUGGAUCGUUCCGGACAGGGAAAGGUCUACCAGCUCAUCUCGCGUCGUCGAUUCCAACAAAUGGAGGUGCUGGAAGGUCAGAACAUAUUGGUUACCAUAUCGGGCAAAAAGAAUCGUGUGCGUGUCUAUUACUUAUCUUGGCUCAAAUCCAAAAUCCUACGCACCGAUGGACUCUCCGAUCAAGUGGAGCGUCGCAAUGGAUGGAUAAAUGUUGGUGAUCUACAAGGUGCUGUACAUUUUAAGAUUGUCAAAUACGAGAGGAUUAAGUUCCUAGUGAUUGCAUUAAAAGACUCGAUUGAAAUUUAUGCGUGGGCGCCCAAACCAUAUCACAAAUUUAUGGCAUUUAAAAAUUUUGGUGAAUUGGACCAUCGCCCACUUCUGGUCGAUCUCACAAUUGAGGAUCAAUCGAGACUGAAAGUGAUUUACGGUUCUGCUGAGGGUUUCCAUGCGGUUGAUCUAGACUCCGCUGAAGUAUACGAUAUCUAUCUUCCUAAGCAUACUCAGGGUGCAAUCAUUCCGCAUUGUAUUGUGGCGCUUCCAAACUCAAAUGGCAUGAACUUGCUGUUGUGCUACGACAAUGAAGGCGUCUAUGUGAACACUGCUGGUCGUGUUUCCAAGAACAUUGUUCUGCAGUGGGGCGAAAUGCCUACAUCAGUGGCUUACAUAGGCACUGGACAAAUUAUGGGCUGGGGCAAUAAAGCAAUAGAGAUACGUUCCGUGGAGAAUGGCCACUUGGAUGGUGUGUUUAUGCACAAGAAGGCGCAACGCUUGAAAUUCCUCUGCGAGCGCAAUGACAAAGUAUUCUUCAGCAGUGCCAAAGGUGCUUCAUCGUGUCAAAUCUACUUCAUGACGCUCAACAAGCCAGGCAUGGCCAACUGGUAAAAAUGGCAGCAGCAAAAAACAAGAAAAAACAAAAAAAAAAAAACAAAAAUAAAAAAAAACAAUUAAAACAAAAAAAAAAACAAAAAAAGAAGAAGAAGAAGAGUAUAGAAGACGGUAAUGGUGCCGAUGAUGAUCGUGUUAGUGAUGAAGACAGCAGCUGACGAGAGCAACUGAGUAACCGAUCGAUGUGGCGACCAGAGUAGAGAGACGGAGAAGGAGGGAGUGGAAAGGGAGCGGAGGGAGUCGUUUGCAAACAAAUAUCAACAACAUAACAAUUUGUAUUCUUUCAAUUUUGCAAGCAACGGCAGGAGAAGCAGGAAGAAGAAUAUCUAGAGAGAAAGAAGAAGAAACACAUUACGAAACGAAAAACAAUUAACAGGUUUAAGUGAAAAGUGCGUACAUUGUAAGCGAAGAUAUCCUAAACCCACACUCACACACAAACACACACGAGAAAUUCAACAGGGCGACGUUUCAAUUAGUAAAGUGAAUGAAAACGUAAA